CGCAGGAAGCGAGUAAGCAGCGCGCAGGCAGCGCGCGGGGCAGCCCGGGCCGCUCCCGGCAGCCCGCGCGCGGCGCGGGGACCUCGGAGCACGGCGGAGCCAUGCCCAAGUCCAAGCGGGACCGCAAAGUGUCCCUGACGCGGACGCCCCGCAAGGGGCUGGAAGCCAAGCAGGCGCUGAUCGCCGAGCUGCGGCGCUGUGUGGACACCUACAAGUACAUCUUCGUGUUCUCGGUGGCCAACAUGAGGAACAACAAGCUGAAGGAUGUGCGGAACGCCUGGAAGCACAGCAGGAUCUUCUUCGGGAAGAACAAGGUGAUGAUGGUGGCGCUGGGCCGGGAGCCGAGCAGCGAGUACAAGGAGAACCUGCACAAGGUCAGCAAACACCUCAGAGGGGAGGUGGGGCUGCUCUUCACCAACCGCACCAGGGACGAGGUGGAUGAGUGGUUCUCCAGGUUCCGGGAGCUGGACUUUGCCCGUGCUGGGAACAAGGCUCCCUACGGGGUCAGCCUGGACACGGGGCCCCUGGAGCAGUUCCCCCACUCCAUGGAGCCGCAGCUGCGGCAGCUGGGGCUGCCCACGGCGCUGAAGAAAGGAGUGGUGACGCUGCUGUCGGAUUAUGAAGUGUGCAAGGAAGGAGAUGUUCUCACCCCAGAACAGGCCCGAGUGCUGAAACUCUUUGGCUACGAGAUGGCAGAAUUUAAAGUCACCAUGAAGUUUCUGUGGAAUUCUGAGACAGGAGACUUCCAGAAGCUCGUGGGAGAUGCAGCAGAGGAGGAGGAAGAAGAGGAGGAUGAUGAUGAUGACAGCAAUGAGGACUAACAGCUUGGUCACCAGACAGUUCUAUUUUAGGGACAAGAAGAGGAGGAUAUUUCCCUUCCCUGGGUACACCUGGACUGGCAUGAUCUUUAUAAUGACCUACCUAUGCUUUUUUUAUAUUUAUAUAAAUAUCUAUGUGAAACUUCA